AUGAAGGUCACAGAGAUGUUGUCAGAUUUGACAACGCUGUACAUCGCAGAUCCUAAAUCUGCACUUGCAUUAGUCAACGCACAAAGGAGUGGCGGCGAUCCUACUGCUGAAGCGGGCACGACUCUACAAGAAGAUGAUGCCGACCUCAAACGAGCCAAGGAUCUUGUGGAACUGCAUGCUGAAGUCAAGGUGGCGCACGCCGAUGGCACUGAUGAACAGCUAGAAGAUGCUCGACAUGCCGUGGCUAUGGUCUUGCGAGAUCUAUGA